AUGGCGAACGGAGGUGCCGCGGAGUGCGAACCGAGCGAUCGGACGACGGACGAGGUUGAGCGGCUCAUUGAAGCGGUGAGAGAGCGCGAGUGUCUUUAUGACGUCGGUUCUCUAGAGUACAGGGAUUCCAAGCGAAAAAAGAAUGCCUGGGAGUCCGUGGGCAUUGCCUGCGGCAUGAAGUCCGGUGAGGACGCACAAAAAGCGUGGAAGCGUGUACGCGACAGGUAUGUUCGGGAGGUCCGCGCCAUUGAAGCUGCCACAAGGAGUGGCAGUGGCUUCGUCCGGAAAAAACAAUGGGCCUUCCUGGAAAUGAUGUCGUUUUACGAUAAACAUAUCCGACCCAGGAAGGCAACCACCAACGUAAAGGCACCACCUGUGGGCGACACAGCACAGUGUCUAUUAAUGGAAAUGGUGGAAUCUUCUCCUGACGACUCGACCAUUCCCACUGACUUCGAGCCUGCCCAAGAAGAGCUGCAGUGCAGCCCCGAGGCUCCUGUCCCAGCCACGCCGUCCACCUCGGUUGUAUCAACAUCAAGCACCUCGAGGAGGUCAUCGGGCCAGUCACAAAGGACUAAAAUGACACAAAACGAGGCGUUUGCCUACUCUGUAGCACAAUCUCUAGAUCGUUGGGACGAGGUCACCAGUGCCCAAUUCAGGGCUUGUGUUAUGCAGAUUGUGUAUGAGUAUGAAUGUAAAUUUCAGCAGAAAUAA